AGAGAAAAUGAUAAGAAAACUAUAUAGAUGAUACGUAAUAGGAUAAGUGCCUAAAACUCAAGGGACAGGAAAAAACAAUAUUUACAUCAAUUAGAAAUCACAAGCACAAAAAGAAAUGGACUACAACGCCGAUCUCAGAAAACAAUUAGAAGAACUUUAAGAGAAACAUCAAAAAUUGACAAACAAGAGCUCGAAAAUAAGAGACCAACUAUCAAUUCUACAGCAAUUAGGUCGUGGAUCGAGAUUAGGCAAAAUAAGUCUCGCUCUCUUGACCCUUGUGUCAGUGUUUUCAGUAAUCUCCUAAAAAGAAGCUCAUCAAACAAUAACAACUCCUCUCGUUAAAAUUGAAGAGAUCUCAAGUGAAAGUGUAUUGAGACCCUUAAACUACGAGAAAUCAUACUCCAUUAUAGAUACUAAUACAUUUUUCGAAGAAGAGAAACUAGGAGUUGGAAUUUCGGAGGAAUCGGAGAAUUGCUACAAUUAAUUGUUGCCCAUCCCCCUUUAUCGGUUGAAUUCAUAGAUAGAAUACGCACUAGAGCAGCAUAGUUGAAUAUCUGAUUGACUUAAUGUAUAUUUUUCUAUCUUGUUCGAGUAAUAAUUUAAAAAAAA